UAAAAUUAUCUUUAAAGAAAAAUAAAUGAAUAAAAUAAACAUUUGUUUAUAAAAAAUAUGUUUUCAUAAAUAAUAAAUCAAUAGUGAAUGAUUGUUAUUCAUAAUUUCAUUAACACCAAUAAACGAAGACUAAAUUUCGAGAAAAUGUAUUCUUUCAAUUGUUUACAAAAAGAAUAAUAGAAUUUAAAUUUUAAUAAAAUUGAAUAAAACAAUAAUAAUUAUUAUUUAUAAACAAUGGCUUUUUACGAUAAUCAACAUUGGCUUUUAUCACACAUUAGGGAUAGUUUUAUAAGUACAGAUGAUACAGGAAUGUGCGAAAUGGUAAUGGCUGGUGAAGAUAUUCCAAAAAUACUUCAAUCAAAUGGAACACUUCAAUGUUAUCCAGGAAUGGAGGAAAGUGAUGAAGAGGAUUUAGAUGCUUUAUCAGAAUCCUAUGACAUUUCCUUCAACAUGGAAUAUAGUCAUCGUCAGCGAUCAAAUACUGCUCAACGAUUGGAAAAAAUGGAUAUAGAAAGAAAAAAGGCUUCAAAAGUAAAACAUAUAAAAUGGGAAAUUAAUUCUGGAAGUUUAACAAGUGAAAAACAACAAGAAUUAUUUCAACGAAAAGAUUUUCGUAAAAAUGAUAAUAAAGUUAAAAAAGGCUCUCUAUUAUCUGAACAAAUCGAAAAAUGUCCUAAACUUCCACAAAAUCCUUUUGCUAAAUACACGAGAUUCGAUGGAAACGCUCAAGUAGGAGUUCCAGUGCGAAAAUACAGAAUAUUUAUGUGCAUGCUACCUAAAAAACAAAGAGCAUAUCCUCUUCAAGUUGUUGUAAUAAUGAGUGCAAAAGUCCAGGAAUUCAUUGGAUUAAUAUGCUAUAAAUAUGCUUGCAAUCAUUAUGAUCAUACAUUAAAACAAGAUAUCAGUCAGUAUGGUCUCUAUAUAACAGAGGACGAUGGUGAGGUGGAUUGGGACUUUCCUUGUUUAGAUCCACGUGAAACAAUAUCGAAAUUUGAAUUUACAACAUUGGGUUUAGUGGAAAUGAAACCAAGCGAUAAAGCCCGUCAUGAAACAACAAAAACAAUCGUAACAAAAGAUGUUGAGGAAGAUAAAAGGGAGAGAGAACAAGAUAUUGCCGCUGAAGAUUUAGCAAAGAUGGAGGGCCAUACAACUGCAAUGGAAGCACCGCUUUAUCAAUUAUAUAGGGUAUACAUAAUAAACAAAGUACGAGCCAAAACUGAAAUACAUCUUGGAAUUUCGGGUGAGAAAAUAGAAAUUGAUCCAGUGAUAACGGGAAAAGGUGCUGGACGCUUUUGGAGUAAGCAACGUGCAGUUAGUUAUCACAUUGAUCGAAUUGCAUGGUGUGAACUCAUCGAAAAUAGAGGAUCAAAAACAAUUUUCACUUUAGUUUACACAUCGCAAAAUUCAAAUCCAGAAGGUUUUAUCGUAUCCUCCAGUCACCCUCUUCAUCAAUCGGCAUCAUUUAAAAAUCAUGAAUUCGAAGCUGAUUCCGCGACAGCCGAGGAAAUAGUAAGAAAAAUAAAUCACAUACUCGAACUGCGAAGUAGUUUAUCAAGAAAAGAAUUUCUCGCGCAAAAAGAACGUAAAGCAGCGAGACGAAAGAGUUUUCAUUUACACAGAUGACGAUUCUAUUUUAUAGCUCAUGGAAUUUUGGAAUUUUUGAAAAAUUUAACAAACACAGAAACAAAUCUAAAAAAUUGUUUCUGACUAUAGAUAUAAUAUAUAUGAAAAUAUUUCCCCCAUUUUCAAAAUAAUCUUCUUUUUCAACAAAUAAAAAUAAAUUCAAUUCAACUAACAUGAGAAACAAUAUUUAUAAUUACCGAAAAAAAUUUACACUGUGUAAAUAUUCAACAAAUUUAAAAAUAAUGACCGAAUUUGAUAUUUUAAUUCUACAUCACCAAAGAUUUUACUAUCAUGUUUUUUAAACAAGUAUUUUGUAAAAAAAAAAAGAUUUUUGAUUCUAUUUACUAGAAAAAAAAUAUUUUUAUGUCUGCAUUAAUUUUUUUUAAAAAUUCUUUGAACUAUGAAAACAAUUCGAAAAUUAUGCAUUUGCCGAAUAAUUGUGAAAUCAAUUUUAAUAUUAAAACUUUUGUUUCUUUUGUAAAAGCCUCGAAUUUGAAUGUCAUU